CAACAUGUAUAUUAAAUCGGUGGUCAUAGAUGGCUUCAAAUCCUAUGGCCGUCGUACCGAAAUCCAUGGCUUUGAUCCGGAAUUUACAGCCAUUACCGGCCUUAAUGGCACCGGUAAAUCGAAUAUCCUUGAUUCAAUUUGUUUUGUCCUGGGUAUUAUGAAUUUGGGCCAGGUGAGAGCGGCUUCCCUGCAGGAUUUGGUUUACAAAAGUGGUCAGGCUGGUGUAACGAAGGCAACGGUGACAUUGAUCUUUGACAACACCAAUCCCGAUCAAUGUCCUUUGGGUUAUGAGAAAUGUCGGGAGAUAUCGGUGACACGGCAAAUUGUUGUUGGCGGUAAAAAUAAAUAUCUGAUCAAUGGCAAAUUGGUGCAGAACAAAAAGGUGUCGGAUUUCUUUUGCUCCGUGCAGUUGAAUGUCAACAAUCCGAAUUUUUUGAUUAUGCAGGGACGCAUCACCAAGGUGUUAAAUAUGAAACCGCAUGAGAUCUUGUCCAUGAUCGAGGAGGCAGCUGGCACCAGUAUGUACGAAACCAAACGUGAAGCCACCACCAAAUUGAUAGAAAAGAAAGAUGCCAAGGUGCGUGAAACCAACACCUUGCUGCAAGAAGAAGUUGAACCCAAAUUGGAUAAACUGCGCCGUGAACGUGCUGCCUAUAUGGACUUCCAAAAAAUCUGCCGUGAUAUUGAUUAUUUGACCCGAAUCCAUAUAUCAUAUCGUUGGUUGAAAUAUAAUGAAGCUUUGAAAACCAUUGAGGCUAAUAUUGAAAAAUUGAAUGGCCGUAUUGAGGCUGCCAAACAAAAUAUUGUCGAUAAUGAUGCUGAACGUGAAAAGCUGACAGAGGCAGCUAAGGAAUUGCAACAGAAAAUUGAUACCGAAAGUGGUGGGGAAUUGAAAGAAAUUGAGACAGAAUUAGAAGUGCAGUUGCAACAUGAAGGCAAGUCUUCGGGUAAUUUGAAGGCUGGCCAGGGUGCAGUGGAUCAGGAGGAGAAAAAGCUAAAAGCCUUGCUUAAAAGUAUUGCCGAUGAUGAGAAAAGUCUGAAGGCCAAAGAGGCUGAAAUGGCCAAGGUAAAGGAUCUAUUUCAGGGGCUGAAAGAGGCCGAUGAGCGUGAUGCUUUGGCCUAUGAAGAGGCCCAAAAGAAAUUUGAGGCCGUCUCACAGGGUUUGACCACAAAUGAAGAUGGUCAGGCUUCUUCGCUGCAGGAUCAGUUAAUGCAGGCCAAAAAGGCAAUGAGUGAAGCCCAGACUACCAUAAAAACCUCGGAUAUGGAAUUGCGUCAUUGCCGUAAUGUCCUAAAGCAAAAGGAAAGUGAAACUCAAUCGAAUGAUGCAGCCUAUAAUAAAGAUAAAAAGUUGUUGGAUAAUCUUACUGUGGAAAUCCAAGGCAUGGAACAAAAGUUGCAAUCUAUUGAUUACGAAGAGGGUGCAUUUGAACGUUUACAGGAACGAAAAAAUAUUUUACAUAAUGAAAUACGUCAGUUGCAGCAGCAAUUAGAUCGUCGUAAUGCCUAUCGUUAUGAGUUGCAGUAUCGUGAUCCAGAGCCAGGAUUUGAUCGUAGCAAAGUUCGUGGUAUGGUGGGGAAACUUUUCGAUGUCAUUGACGAGAGUAAUUGUUUGGCAUUGAUGAUGACCGCAUCGGGAAGUUUGUAUAGUUAUGUUACCGACGAUGACAUUACCAGCAAGAAGAUCUUACAAAAGGGUCAACUGCAGCAGCGUGUCACCAUUAUACCCAUCAAUAAAAUCUCUUCCCACCCCAUUAGCCAAAAAGUUGUUGAGGCUGCUCAACGGAUUGGUGGAAAAGAAAAUGUCGAUUCGGCAUUGAAUUUGAUACGUUAUGAUCAUUACUUUGAUCCAGUUAUGAAAUUUGUAUUCGGGCAUACGCUAAUAUGUCGCGAUUUGAAUGUGGCCAAACAGGUAACCUAUCAUCGUGAAGUACGCUGCCGUUCCGUGACCCUAGAAGGUGAUGUUGUUGAUCCUGAGGGUACAUUGUCUGGUGGUUCUGCACCUCGAGGUGGUAACAUUCUUCAAGAGCUAGCCGAAAUUAAACGUUUGGAACGAGAAAUAAAGGCACGUAAAGAAGAAAUGCAACACAUCGAUAGAGAAUUAAAUGCAGUCGAGAAUAAAGCCCGAACCUAUAAUAAACUAAAAGAAAGUCUAGAGCUAAGACAACAUGAAAUAAAUGCAUGCAAACAACGUUUGGGUCAAACCACAUUCCAACAACAUCAAGAAGAAAUAUUAUCCCUAAAAGAGCGUAUAAAAUCUCUAGAAGAAGAUCUUAUACAGGCACGAGAAACCCAGAAAACCUCACAGGCAAAGGCCAAGGAUAUUGAAGCCAAAUUAGCCGAUGCCAAGGGUUUCCGUGAACGCGAACUAAAGGCCGCCACGGAGGCAAUGAAACAUGCCAAAAUCAAAGCAGAAAAGUCCAGUGCCAAUUGGAAGAAACAUGAACAGGGUUAUGAAACGCUGCAAAUGGAAAUUGAGGCUCUGCAAAAGGACAUUACCAAUGGCAAGGAACAGCGUACCACAUUAGAGGCAAAUAUUGUCAGCCUCAAGGAGGGCCUAGAAGAAAUGCGUGCCAAAUCAAAAGAAGCUGCCGAAACAGUGGCCCAGCUUAGGCGACGCAUCAAAGAGCAAAAAGAAAAAAUCUCCUCCCAGAAUAAAGAACUUAAAAAUAUGUACGUAAAGAGGGAUAAAUUGGAAAAACACAAUCAAGAGUUAACUCUGGAAAUCAAGAAACGUGAAAAUGAAGUUAACAAAGUACGUUCCGACAGCAAAGAUUCCACCAAGAAAUUGGAAAAUCUUGAAAGUAAAUAUUCAUGGAUAGCGGAGGACAAAGAAUUCUUUGGUACCAAAAAUACCCGUUAUGAUUAUUCAAAAGAAAAUCCCGUAGAGGCUGGCGAAAAACUAACCUCCCUCAUUGAACAAAAAGAGAAAAUGGAACGGCACAUUAAUCUCAAGGCUAUGGUCUUGCUGGAACGUGAAGAGGAACAAUAUCAAGAGACAAUGCGUCGUAAGAAAAUCGUUGAAGAGGAUAAGGAAAAGAUUAAACACAUUAUCUGUAAAAUGGAUGAAAAGAAACGGGAGAAGGUGGAGAAGGCAUGGCGUGUGGUAGAUGAAAAUUUCAGCAGUAUUUUUAGCACCUUACUACAGGGUGCCCAGGCACGUUUGAAUCCGGUCAAACAAAAUGGCCAUUUGGCGGGUUUGGAAAUUAAAGUUGGCUUCAAUGGCGUAUGGAAAGAAUCUCUGGGAGAAUUAUCGGGUGGUCAGCGAUCAUUGGUUGCCUUAUCUUUAGUUUUGGCUAUGUUGAAAUUCUCUCCUGCCCCGUUGUAUAUUUUGGAUGAGGUCGAUGCUGCUUUGGAUAUGUCUCACACCCAAAAUAUUGGCAACAUGUUGAAGAAACAUUUCACAGCAUCACAAUUUAUUAUUGUAUCGUUGAAGGAUGGUAUGUUCAAUAAUGCCAAUGUUUUGUUCCGCACCAAAUUCGAAGAAGGUGUUUCAGCUGUUACACGUACUGUUAAUCCGAAAUUGGGGCGUAAAUAGU